UCAUAACUCAUAGUCAUAUCAUAACACUCUUGUCUAUAUUGUCCGAGUAUAAAACCCUUCGCAAAACCCUCACUUUCUCUCUCUACAACACAGCACACUUCCUCUCUCUACUGGUUGUAAAAAUGGCGGAGACAUCGUCGUCGUCGGAGGUGAGAGAAAGGAGAGGAAUACCGGCGGCGGCAUUUGUUGAAGAUGUUCAAACUUACCUUCGUCAAUCUGAUCUCGAUGUUAGCUCUGCUCUCGCUUUUCUUCAAGAACGACUUCAGCAAUACAAGUUAGUUGAAAUGAAACUUCUUGCACAACAGAGAGAACUUCAGGCCAAGAUUCCUGAUAUAGAGAAGUGCUUGGACAUUGUUGCCACAUUGCAAGCAAGGAAGGGUUCUGGUGAGCCCCUCUUAGCUGAUUUUGAGAUUUCUGAAGGCAUAUUUUCACGAGCUCGAAUUGAAGAUUCAGAUUCAGUGUGCUUAUGGCUUGGGGCAAAUGUGAUGCUGCAGUAUUCACGCGAAGAGGCGAACACUCUUUUACAAAAGAAUCUGGAAAAUGCAAAAGCCAGUUUAGAUGUGCUGAUUGGUGAUCUACAAUUUUUGAGGGAUCAAGUGACGAUUACGCAGGUUACAAUUGCCCGGAUUUACAAUUGGGAUGUUCAUCAACGUCGACGACAAGCAGUUGGUACUUCUAGUUCCGACAAAGAUUCAUGAUACUGUUGCUGACCUGUAUUAGGAGGCGGCUUGCCGUGCUCUAGCCUUUAUGGUUCAGAGUUCACUUGGACCUCCAGUAUUAGAAGUAGGCUGUUUCAUCUCAUGUAUUGCAUUUCCCAUCCAAAUGAGAUCAUAUCAUAUCUUAUACUAAAAACAGUGAUCUUAUUUUGUAAUCUUCCUCCAGAUUUUGGUUUAUUCAUAGCUACGUUGUGAAAUAGUCAAAUCUUUUUUGUCCCCUUAGUUUUUUUUUUUUUAUUGGCAGAAAUAUGGUGUGAGCGGUUGACAAAAUUCAUCAUGAAUAAUUCUUUUGGCCUGGAUUAUGAUUAAUAUGUUUUGUGUUAUCAUUUUAUCA